UUUUUGAACAUUUUUUUUUCACUCUGCAACCUUCAGAAGAAAACCGAUACUGGCUACGGAGCCACAGUAGUAGAAAAACAUCUAAAUUACGUAACAUGGCAGAAGCAAACGUCACUCUUACGCAGCAACAAUUUGAAGCACUCUUAUCACGCAUCAGUAAUUUGUCAACACAGUCGUUGGAAACAGGGAAUUUCUCUUCAUGUUCGUCGCGUUUUAACGGUAGCAAAGACUCUGACGUAAAUGCUUUUAUAGACGCUAUAGAAACCUUCAAAGACUGCUCAAAAGUGUCCGACGCGAACGCUCUGCGUGGUUUAUCUAUGCUACUCGAUGAUUUUGCCGCUACGUGGUGGUACGGAGUAAAAGACACUGUCGCAACUUGGGAAACUGCUCUCGAUCUUUUACGUCUAACUUUCGGUCCAAGAAAACCAGCAUAUCUUGUAUAUCGGGAAAUAUUUUCAAAAGAACAAGAUAUUAGAACACCUUCUGAUGUAUUUAUCUGUCAAUCGCGUUCAUUGCUUGCGCAACUUCCAGCAAAUACCCUAACUGAGUCGACGCAGAUUGAUAUGAUUUAUGGCUUGUUACAUAAACGAAUACGAGAAAAAGUACCUCGAGAUAAAAUCCGUACUUUUAACGAAUUACUUAAAGAAUGUCGCAUGGUAGAAGAAACGUUUGUUGAUCAUUUUGACAGGCCUUCUAACGAUAAACGUCCAAAAUGUCGAUUUUGCAAAUAUUUGGGACAUACAGAAGACCAGUGCCGAAAGAAACAAGGUACUGCAAGUACAUCAACAAAAACUUCGACUACAGCGCCUUCACCAAGUAAUCCAGUGACAUCUGUUCCAAAUUCGACCUUGGAAAGUCAUCCUCCCCGAAUAUCAAAUCAAGUGACAUGUUACGGAUGUAAUAGACCUGGCUACAUUAAAUCCAACUGUCCAACUUGUUCCAACACCGCAGCUUCUGUCGAAUUCUGUGCUCUUGACAAUGUAGAAGUUCCUGUUUACCCUCAGUCACGUCCUAUUUUGCCUAUAAACAUACUAGGAAUGAAUGGUCAAGGACUGAUUGACACAGCCGCCAAGCACAGCGUUGCCAGUGGCUCAUUAUACGAAGCAUUAAGGAAACACAACGUUCCGUAUACAAAAACCAGAAGUACGAUUAAACUUGCAGAUGGUACCGUGAAAGAACAGGAAGUAAAACUUCUGAGAGUUGAUGUUUUACUAGGAAGUCGUUAUAUACCAACAACAUUUAUGACUCUACCCAAUGCUGACAAAACCUUACUAGGCAUAGAUUUCCUUCGAAGUGCUAACCUUGUUCUGGACAUCGGACAGCAAAAUUGGAGUUUUGCAGACGAUAUUUUGACUAAGUAUCCCUUGGUAUAUGAAGAUGACCACAAAAUUUCCAAUAUAGAAGUACUUUCCGUUUCAAUUUUGAGAUCAGAUGAAGCCAUAAUGUUAUCCAGUGAAGAACAUAAGCAGUUAUCAGACCUUCUUGAAGCCAACCAGGAUAUUUUCGCUCUAGGGGGAGAACCAACUCCUUAUGCUGAACACUAUAUUGAUACCAAGUCACACGCACCAAUUUCAGUACCACCGUACCGAAUGACGCCUGGAAACAAAGAAAAACUUCGACAAGAACUAGACAAGAUGUUACGAGAUGACAUUAUAGAAGAAUGUGAGUCAGCUUGGUCAGCACCGGUAGUACUCGUUCCAAAGAAGAAUGGCGAAACUAGGGUAUGUUGCGAUUACAGAGCUUUGAACGCUAUUACGACACCCGUGCAUUAUCCGUUACCUCGAAUGGACGAUCUACUGCAUGCAACCAAAAAGACUAUAUACAUGUCAGCCAUUGAUUUACGUGCGGGAUAUCAUCAAGUGAAAGUGCGGGAACAGAUAGAGACAAAACAUCGUUCGUGA